CUCCGUGUCAGGCUGACUGGCAGGAACCAGAGACUGCCUGUGGAGUCCAGUCAGCCUGGGAUAACGCAGCUCACAUGUGAGAAAAUGGAGAUGAAGCAUCGGCCCGGCCUCACAUUCCGCUCUGCAGCAGAGAUCCCCAGAUCCUUUGCUGAGGGCUGAUAGACUCCUCCCAGUAUCGUCUCAGCCCUUCCCCGGGGGAGCGGGGCUGCAGUCAGGACAGGCAGCUCUCCUACACCGCCUCUUCAUCUGGGAUGAGGGGCCUGGGGACCAGGUCGACGUGGAGUUACCUGGCCACCAUGCUCAGUCUCAAGCUGCCUCAACUUCUUCGAGUCCACCAGGUCCCCCGGGUGUUUUGGGAAGACAGCAUCUUGUCUGGCUACCGACACCCCACAAGCUCGGCCUUAGACUGUGUCCUCAGCUCCUUCCAGAUGACCAAUGAGACGGUCAACAUCUGGACUCACUUCCUGCCCACCUGGUACUUUCUGUGGCGCCUGCUGGCGUUGGGCAGCCCGGGCUUCCGCGCGGAGCCGUACCACCUGCCCUUGUUGGUCUUCCUACUGCCCGCCUGCCUCUACCCCUUCGCGUCCUGCUGCGCGCACACCUUCAGCUCCAUGUCGCCCCGUGCGCGCCACAUCUGCUACUUCCUGGACUACGGGGCGCUCAGCCUCUACAGCCUGGGCUGCGCCUUCCCCUACGCCGCCUACUCCAUGCCGGCCUCCUGGCUGCACGGCCGCCUGCACCGGUUCUUCGUGCCCGCCGCUGCGUUCAACUCCUUCCUGUGCACCGGUCUCUCCUGCUACUCGCGGUUCCCAGAGCUAGAGCGGCCCAGGUUCAGCAAGGCUCUGCGCACAGCCGCCUUUCUCUACCCCUUCCUGUUCGACAACCUCCCGCUGUUCUACCGGCUGCAGCUGUGUUGGGGCAGGGCCCACAGCUGUGGGCAGGAGGCCCUGAGCUCCAGCCACGCCUACCACCUCCUCUGUGCUCUGCUCACCGGCUUCCUUUUCGCUGCCCGUCUGCCGGAGCGCCUGGCACCUGGGCGCUUCGACUAUAUUGGCCACAGCCACCAGCUGUUCCAUAUCUGUGCAGUGCUGGGCACCCAUUUCCAGCUGGAGGCGGUGCUGGUGGAUAUGGGAUCCCGCAGAGCCUGGCUGGCCAUGCAAGAGCCCUCCCUUGGUCUGGAGGCUACCAUGGCCACCUUGAGCCUGGCAGUGCUUGGGAACCUGCUCAUCAUCGCUGCCUUCACAGCCUCUCUGCUUCGGAUCCCUGGAACCUGUCCCCUGCUGCAGGGUAACUCGCUAGAAGCGGGACUCCAGGCUAAACAAGAGUGAGCCCCAUCUCCGGGACUGGCAUGGAGGGAGGCAGAGGCCAGGCCUCAUUGCUGGGGAGGAGCCCUGACAGGGAGGGGCCUGAGAAGGCGGAGGCUGUUCUCAGUCUGAACGGGGUGGCUGAAGAGAAGAGGAAGUCUGGGGGGCUGGUGGAAGGACAGGACCCUAGAGGCAAGUAGUGAAGGCCAGUAAGUGGAGACAGGUGCCCAGGCCCGAGCAGAGCUGGAGGUGUGGGGCCCCUCGUGUGGCCUCUGCCCUGACAUCUGCUCACCUCAGGUCAUCCUGAGUGCCUGUGAGCCACCCGGCCCACAUACCUGCCCUGCCCCAGGGCCUGACGGUGCCUCUUGUCAGCAACUGUGUGUCCACACACGAGCUGCCUGUCUUGCUCACCGCUGUGACCAGGCCUUUGGUGGCUCAUGUGUUUGGAUGUGUCCCCGGUGAUAUAAUGGAUAUGGUGAGGGUCGCUGCAGGGAGGGGGGCGGCUGGACGUUAGGACGACACCUCCAGUGUGACCCGUAACAAAGCAGUAUAACAAAUAAACUGGACUGUAGCUUUCUGGGA